CUCCCUCACCCCCCGAUUCCAGAUCAAUCCCCAUUCCCCAGCCUAGCUGAAGGCGGCGGCAGCAAGCGAUUCCAGGUCCGGCUCCGGCGGCCGGCUCUCCCUCGGUCCCUUUCCUCCGGCCGGCCCUCUCGGCCUCCGGCACUCCCCUCCGCGCAUCCGGCCCUCUCGGCUUCUCCUCCGGCCCCCCCUGCAGGCGCCCAGCGCCCUCCGACAAGUGUCAAUCAGUAGUGGGUGGAAGUGGAGUGGAGACAGGGAGGCUCGGCGUUUGGAGGCAAAAAAAGCUCAACCGGCCGGCGAGGCGAAAUCAUCGAAACGCCCCCACCAACCCCCCACCAACCGGCCGAGGCCAUGGCGGCGGCGCAGAAGCCGGCCAAGCGGCUCGGCGGCAUGGCGGAGGCGCUCGCCAUCGCCGGGGACCUCGGCUUCCCGGCCCCUCCCGCGCAGGAAGAUCAGAACACCUCGGACAAAAGUGAUGACCUGGUGAGGGUAUUAAGGGAGCUGACGGUCGUGCAGCGGAACAUUGCCAAUUUGCAAGUCGAGCUACAAGGCAGAAAGGAUGAUAAAAACAUUGCUCAUUUGACUCAUGUUAGUGAAAUGGAGAAGAAGUGUGAAUCGUUGGCCAGAAUUACUACUAUUUUGAAAGAUGUUAUUCAAAACAAGGACCGCAUUAUUGCCCGUCUGCAGCAACCUUACUCGCUUGACUGCAUUCCUGUUGAAGCUGAAUACCAGAAACAAUUCUCGGAGCUACUUCUGAAAGCGGCAAGUGAUUAUGGGGCAUUGACAGCAUCAGUUGGAGAUUUCCAGUGGAGUCAAAACUUCAGAGAGUCGCCUGCUGUAUGGGGUGAAAUGCUACGACCGAUACCUGCUGCGCUUGCAUCCUGCACCCGGUUCUUCGAGGCCAUGUCUGCGAUGAGGGAAUCCUUUUCUACUCUUCAAACACUACGCGUUGGUCAUUCUUCUCUGUCAAUGACCCCAGGUGGCUCCAGUGAUGAUUUGAAGUUCUUGACGCCACCUCAGAGGAGAGAGGGCUCGAUGCUCAAUACCUGGAAGCAAGUGGACGACGUAAACCCUGAAAGUGAUGGACUCGACAAUAUCAACCAGAGGAGGCUGUCAUGGCCAUCCUCCAUUAACAGGGACCUGUAGAUCACAGCUCCCAAGCUAAUACUCAGCUGUUUGCAUACUGUAUAAAUAGGAUCACCGAGGCUUGUCUUCAAUUUUAUUGUGUUUGGGUUCUUCUGGUCGCUGGCAAGAGCCAUUAUGAAAUAUCAGACCUAAGUAAAUUACCAGUAGGCUUUCCACAUAGAUUGCA